AUGCUUAAAUAUAAUCCCCCCCAUAGUACCGUACUUUACCAUACUUUACCUGUGCUUUACACUUGGGGCUUGUUGGAGCAACUCAUGUCUGAACAGUUGCCGGUGGAUAAUGAGGGCUGCCAGCCCGCGAACAGUGGGUAUAACGUCGAGGCACCUACGUCGAGGCAGGUGCUGCGUGUUGCGUUGAACUUGAAGUACCUUGUGGACAAGGUAGUGCCCGUUACGUAUGGGUGUGAUGAGAUUGAGAGUGACCACUCGAGUGUGGUUACGCCUGCCGUGGUGCAGCUGGCGCUGGAGGCCUGUGGCGGUGAUCCCGAGGACAAGAAGAACCGGGACAAGUACAGGGCCGUGGUGGUGUUUGCGCUGUUGAAAGUGUACGGGUGGUACAGCCAGUUGGCUGCCACGGAGCUGCACAACGCUGAGCUGUAUGAGUCCCGCGGUGUGGCUGCCCAGCAGCUGUGCAAGAUAAUUAUCGACCAGGAGGAGAUGAACGACUUGCACUUCAUGUUUAUGCAGAUGCUGCUGAGACGGUACACCAUCAAUGAGAACGACGAGGACUCGGAGCCCGCCAACGCCAUAGAGCUUGCGUCCGACAUGCACUGCACCAUCGUCAUUGGCUCGGGCGGGUUCCAAAGGUGCUUGACGUGGCUGUGGCGCGGGUGGAUCAUACAGAACAGAAGAGACCCGACUACGUUCAUCAGAGACGAGACCGUGUCCUCCCCGUACUUCAUAGACCACUUCAACCCGGACAGAAUCAAGACGCCCAAGUACCAGAACCUGCUGAACAUCUUCUUCUCGAUCCUGUUCCUGGUGCUAUACACAGUGGUGGUGAACGGCAAGAACUCCGUCACGGUGUCCCCAAUUGACCUGCCAGAGCUCGUUUUUUACUUGUUCACACUGGGCAAUAUCCUCGAGGAAAUGACGAAGAUGUACUACAUCGGCGCGGCAUACUUCUCCUUCUGGAGCAGCUUCAACCUCACCAUGUACUCAAUCAUAUCAGUCUCCUUCGUUUUGAGAAUAUUGUCCGUCGCGCCAUUGAAGCUGCACAACCCGUCGGAGUACUGGGACAAGAUAUCCUACAGGAUACUGUCCUGUGCCGCGCCAUUCGUGUGGUCCAGAAUGCUGCUGUACUUGGAGUCCGAGCCCUUCGUGGGCGUGAUGUUAGUGGUCCUGAAACACAUGAUGAAGGAGUCGGCUGUGUUCUUCGUGCUGCUCGUGCUGAUAAUGGUAGGCUUUUGCCAAGGGUUCCUGGGUUUGGACUCGGCAGACGGUCACCGUGAAAUCACAGGAACCAUCAUGGAAAACUUGACAAUCGCAGUCCUGGGCCUCGGUAGUUUUGAUAAGUUCAAGAGGUUCGCACCACCUUACGCAGAAAUUCUUUACUACAGUUACUACUUCAUCGUCUCUGUGAUACUGUUGAACAUCCUGAUUGCACUCUACGCCAACGCUUACCAGCGUGUUGUCGACAACGCUGCUGACGAAUACAUGGCGCUUAUGGUGCAAAAGACCUUGCGGUUCAUUCGAGCCCCCGAUGAGGAUGUCUUCGUCGCUCCGCUGAACCUUAUUGAGCUGUUGUUUUCGCCGGUAUUCGCAUUUCUGUCAAAGGCAAAGAAAAGUCAGUUGUCUUAUUAUGUCAUGAUGGUUAUAUAUAGUCCAACGUUGGUACUGGUGGCUUUGUCCGAGGUCAGAACUUCGAAAAGAAUCAAGUACAACAGGUUGAAGAAUCUACCGGAUGACGCUAAUGAAGUUGAUACUGCAUGGGACCUAACAGAUGGAUAUGUAGAUGAAGAAGAUACGCUAUUCACAAGAAGCCACACUUCUGGAAUCAGAGCAACGAAUAAGAAGAAUAAAUUCUCUUUGCAGGUUCAAAGAGAGGCAGAGGCUAAGGAUCCAAAGUUCUCUGUGCCUCGAGAAUGGUACUCAAAAGUUAAGCACAUCUGCCACAAGCAUGAACAGGAAAAAUGCGCCUCUGAUGACGGCUCGAAUGACUUAUCAGAGAAAGUAUCCGAACUGCUAGUGAAAUUGAGUAAAGUUGGUUUGUCUGUCAAUUCUUCUGGAAGUUCAACUCUUCCUGAUGAAGUAUUCAAGGAAUUCAAAACUGAUGUGGAGAAAUUGGGCAACAUGGUACAAGAGCUAAAUGACUUGAAAAGAGAGCUUAAAGAUAUUUCUGAUAUGAAAUCUUUACUCAAGGAGAUUGUAAAUCAGAAAAAGUAA